AUGGGUCUCUUUGCUGGUCACGAAGCCCUCGACCAGGCCGAACUGGAUAACUUCGGCGUCGAUUGGGUCAUCCAUUAUUCUUUCGAAGAUGUCGAGCUUUCGCAGGCGAUCCAAGAAUUCCGUACUUUGAUCCAAGACCUCCAAGAAGCGCAUCUCCAGGUUCAAGUCCGCCACGGCUAUGGUCCCUCCCUACUUGUGUGCAUUCGGGUUCCCUCCGACCUGCUGGGGAACUUGGUACAUAAAUCUCGUGUCAAGGACUGGCUUCACGGCAUUAUCCACGAGUUCCCUGAAGGCGGCGACUACGCUGAGGCCGAGGCCGAUACUCCUGCGGAGGCCCUACGAUCGGUUUAUCAUGCGGUGACCUGGCAAAAGUCGCUGGGAGGUGCUGGGAUUACCCCGAAGGUGGGUCAGUGGAAGAAUAUCACAGCAGCUAUUCCUCUACAGGAUCGCGCUGCCAAUGCGGAGCUUCUGCGGAAAUGGAGUCGCACUAUUUUUUUAACGACUGAGGAUCUCGACGCCAUUCGCGCACUGUUUGGUGAAAAGGUUGCCUUCUACUUCGCCUUCAUCCACUGCUACUCCUGCUUCUUGAUCUUUCCCGCCGCCUGGGGCAUCUUUUCUUGGUUCUAUCUAGGCCCCUAUUCAGUUACGUGUGCUGUGGUGACUUGCAUUUGGGGCAUCGUGUUUGUCGAAUACUGGAAGACCCGCGAGCUGGACCUGAGCCUGCGGUGGAACGUCAGAGAUGUCGGCUUUCUGAAGGUGAACCGACCGGAGUGGGUUUGGGACAAGGAAAUCCACAACCCGCACACCGGGGAAAUCAUCCGCGUGUUUUCGGCUCAUAGACAAUUCCUUCGCCAGCUCUUGCUGAUCCCCUUUGCGACCGUCGCCAGUGUGGCCCUUGGGACCUUGAUCAUUGCGGCAUUUGCCUUGGAGAUCCUGGUGUCGGAAGUGUACAAUGGUCCAAUGAAGGGUUAUCUGGAGUUCUUGCCUACCGUUCUGUUUUCACUCUCGCUACCUUCCAUCACCAAUCUAUUGACGGACUUUGCGAAGCGGUUGACCGACUAUGAGAACUACCGAACGCAGGAUCAAUACGAUCUGGCUCAGACCGCGAAGACAUUCGUCAUGCAUUUUAUUACGGCCUUCUUGCCUACAUUGCUGACCGCAUUUGCCUACGUCCCGUUCGGAGGCAGAAUCGGGCCCUAUCUAGACGCGCUUCGGGACCGUGGUCUCCUUUCGGCCAACCUGGCUCGAGAGAUCCAUAUCGAUACGUCCCGACUUCAGCAGGAAGUGAUUUAUCUGUCUGCGACCGCCCAGGUUCUGAAUUUCGGCGAAGAAAUUGUGCUUCCUUAUGUCAAACAAACCCUGAUGCAUAAGUGGCGUGACUGGCGGGAAGGCCGGGACUCGUCACGUCACCCCCGUCGUUAUUCGCAAAGGACUGACCAACUGCUCGUCGAUGCUCCGGAAGAAGCCGCGUUCCUCUCGCGUGUGCGUGACGAACUCGAUGCGGACGAGUACAAUGUCCAUGAUGAUAUCCUGGAGAUGUGCGUCCAGUUCGGAUCGCUGGCCCUGUUUGGCGUUGCAUGGCCCUUAGUCUCGUUGGGAUUUCUGAUUAACAAUUGGCUGGAGCUGCGUGGAGAUUUUUUCAAGCUCAGCCUGGAGUGUCAACGACCUGCUCCCAUCCGUGCUGACUCGAUCGGCCCAUCACUCAUGGGCCUAGAGGUGCUCAGCUGGCUUGGUACAUUGUCGACGGCCGCCAUCGUGUACCUGUAUCACGAUGGACUGGAGGAGGUCCACGCGUCAUCCCUACUCCUGACUCUUCUACUUGCCGAAUGGGCCUAUGUUGGGGUUCGCUUCAUUGUGCGAAGCGGACUUCAGAGGAUUAGUUUCAUCUCGCUCCGCCGCGAGGAGUCGAAGCGAUACGCAAUGCGGAAGCGCUUCUUGGAGGCCACCUCAGGCCGGGUGUCCCCUCGAGCUAAACCGCGGGUGCGGUUCCAGGACCGCGUGAACGUUUUCUCAUCGUCGACCGAUGUCCCCGGUGGCAAGGAAGACUUUCUGCAUCCGGGGCACGAUGGAUUGGGCCGUGGAGGACGGUUCUGGUCCUGGGCGCCGCAAGAAACAGCGGACGCAGGCGUUCGGCUGAUCAAGGCGCUCAACAGUAAUAUGGAUGGCUCCAAGACGGGCCCUGUGAAGGGAGCCAAGGGGGCUUGA